UAGAUGACGGCAUUCUAAGGCCUACCUCAGUGCGACCUGGUACUCACAGGCAGUAUAGGAUGAAUCUCACGCAUCGUGUCUUCCCGAUUUCGAGAGAGCCACGCCUUUCUUUACUACUGAAGCAAUGCCACGUCACGUGCCGGCUAUCGUGACGAUGCCGCCUCGCGGCUCCGCAUGACCGUCCCAGCAAUGCCCCGCCGCUUCUUCGCCUCUCCCGCGCUUCCCCCAGCCUCCCCCUCCGCGGGAUGCCCCAGCGCUUCCCCCGGCUACUGCCCCGCCGAUGAGGCCAGCUCGGCGCGCAACGCUCCAGGGCACCUUUUCGCUCAACGAACCGCCAGCGGCCACGUGUCAUCGGCUACGUCGAAUGGGCCUGCAGAAUCGUCGUCUCUCAGUGAGACGCGGGGGAAACGCGCGGAGGGGGGAGGCGGAGCAGUGUACGAGCCGUACUGCUCUGACUUCGGGCCGCUCAGCAUGGCAUGCGUGCACCGCUACUGUGACCAGAUGGACCACGCCAUGCAGGAGGCGCGGGGUGAGGGGCGGCGGGUGGUGCACAUCUGCAGCAGCGCGCCGCACAAGAAGGCCAACGCCGCCGUGCUUCUGGCAGCGUACCUCAUCCUGCGCCAUGCCCUGCCAGCCGAUGCCGCCCAUGCUGUGCUGCGGCCGCUGGAGCCCCUGGCGGCCUUCAGAGACGCGUCCAGCGGCGCGUGCACCUUCCACCUCGCCGUGCUCGACUGCUGCAAGGCUCUGGAGCGCGCCCAACGGGUGGGGCUGACGGCGGGGUUCAGUGUGCUUGAGUACGAGCGCCUGGAGCAGGCGGAUCUGACGUGGAUGGUGCCAGGAAGACUGCUGGCGUUCAGCACGCCCGCUGACGACGCUGCCAGUGCCGUGGAGGGCUAUCUAGCACCUGAAGACUAUGUGCAGUACUUCCGCCAGGCGGGGAUAGCAGCCAUCAUCCGCCUCAAUAGGCGUGUGUACGACAAGAGGCGCUUCACCCGCCAUGGCUUUGCGUUCUACGACCUCUACUUCACCGAUGGCGGCGCCCCCUCGGACGGCAUCUUGGAGCGCUUCUUUGCCGUGGUGGAGGGCAGCAACGGACCCGUGGCCAUCCACUGUAAGGCCGGUCUGGGGCGCACGGGCGUGUUGGUGGGGUGCUACCUCAUGAAGCACUGCGGCAUGACGGCCAGGGAGGCCAUCGCAUACACGCGCCUCGUGCGCCCGGGGUCGGUGAUCGGGCAACAGCAGCACUUCCUGGCGCACACGCACCCACGCAUGGCGCGCGCUGGCGACGAUUUUCGGCGCAAAGCACAAGCACAGUCGCACGCGCCUCGCACCCCCGCCACUGCAGUCCCGGACAUGCCUUCCCAGGCAGCAGCAUUUUCCCCCUCAGCAAGCCCUGAGCCUCGCAUGCCAUCCCAUGUGCUCCCUCACGCUCACGGGGUGGGCGCACAUGCGCUGGGCGUGCAGCGCUCCGCCAGCCACACCCCGCCCGCGCGCGUGGGUCGGAAGGUGUACGCGCGCUCAGACGAGCAGGCGGCGGCAGCCGUGGCGGAGCUGCAGUUUGCGCGCCACUCGCGCUCGCUCGCCCGCACCGCCUCCGCCUCCGCCGUGCCAGCAGCGGGCUCUGCCUCGCUGCGGAUGGGAGGGAGCAUGCGCAUGCCAUUCGAGUCACUCUCUUUCACCAUGUCCCCGUCGCUCCCCGCCCCCAUCAGCAAGUCCGUGUCCAUGUCGCCCUACACGCCAUACACGCCCGCGCCUGGCCAUGCGUCCAUGUCACCAUUCGCAAGCGCGCCAUCCCCUGCGCUCCCCCCCGGCAUGGCGUCGCCUGAGCCGCGGCACGUGAGGGCGGCCAGGCGGCUGAGGCUGAGGGGCAUUGCGGUGGAGGUUGAGGCUGCUGUGAGAGAAGCACAAGGUGCAUGCGAGGGAACAAAUUCAAGCGAGGUGGGAGCUGUAAGAGAGUCAGCAGGUGCAUCGAGAGGCGCGGAUGACUCUGGGCAUGCAGCAGUGCAUGCAGCAGUGCAUGCAGGUGGAGCGGAAGGUGCAUCAGGGGCAGCAGAAGGGUCAGCAUCCAACGAAGCAACGGCAUCUGAGCAUGAAGGGCCAGCGGCAGCAGCAGCAGGAGGCGUGGUGGGUGCACAGCGGAAGGGGCAGAGGCGGCUGGUGAGAUGGCUGGGACUGUCAUCCUGCGGGCUGCUGCCAGUGAGGCCAGCAGCACCGUCCCAGCAAUUAGCAUCACCCCCAUCACCCGCGCCGUCCACACCAACAGCAGCUGCAGCUGCAGCAUCCACAGGUGGACCAGCUGUGCCAGCGAAUCCUGACGAUCCAACUCUCCCCACCACAAUAUCCUCCUCCCCCAGCCUAGGAGCAGGUGCGGCAGAUGAGGCAGCCGCAGAGAGCGCACCAGUGGGGAGAGCAGCAGUAGAGGAGGUUGCACGGGGGGCAGAUGUGCGGCAGACACGAGGUUCAACGGCAGCAGAGCCGGCUGCAGGAGGAAGGGCGGGGCACGAUGGCACAGUAAUCAACGAGUACCAACCGCCAGAUGCCGACCUGGCCCCCAGGUUUGGGCGAGCGCAGGUGAACGGGUCGCAGGGUGAAGGGCUUGAGUCAGCAGCAGGAGGGAGCGGCGUGUUUGUGCGCGUGAUCAACGCGGUGGGGCAGCCCAGGAAGGUGGUGGCGCACGCAGCGCGGGGCAGGAGGCAAGUGGCAGGUGCAGGGACAGGGGUGCGAGGGGGAGGGGAGCAUGUGCUGCCUGUUUCGAUGGGUAAGUUUGGAGCUGUGCAGGGGGGCAGGUUCAGGCUUGGAGUGAGGAGAUAAAAUGUAUAACAUCUCACUGUACAUUGUUCGUCAGCCCAUUUCGCAUGAGCUGCCCUCUCUUGCCCUCUUCCACCUGUUGCAUGAGAGCUGGUAUUUACCAGCACAUCUU